CCCGCGUGGAAGGGCGUGUGCGUUCUCGUAAAAUGAACCGUAAAAAGAGAACCGCCGCUUCCGCGAAAGAGUCGAAAGAUCGAGAAUUCGAAAGAUACUAGGUACGGGAAGAGACGAGUUUAUCUACUAAUUUAGAACCACAACAACAAGUAACGAAUUUAUAUUUUGUAUGAUCGAUCGAGGGGAGGUGCUUAUACGAUCGAUCGAAGGAAAUGCUCUAGAGAUCUGUUAAAUCGAAUUGAAGAGGAGAGGCGAGGAGAGGAGAGGAGAGGCGAGGCGAUUCUCCGUGACACGAUCUCAGCGAAGUGAAGUUUGUGUAAUCCAAUCUUAGACACAAUGGCAACGGCGACAAUGGCUACUGCUGCGGGGGCUGCGGCUCUGCUUUACUAUACACUGAAUCGCAGAUUACAGGCCACGAAGAUUCAAGAUGAGGGGGGGUCGGACAAUGGCGGGGAUGCGACGAGACCGAACACUUCUGAACGGAGUAGGGUUUCUCGGAGACCAGUUCGUGCUCCUGCUACAUGGUUGGAGACUAUAUCCACCUUGUCGGAGACAUUACGAUUCACUUACUCGGAGACUUUGGGGAAGUGGCCGAUCGGGGAUCUCGCUUUUGGGAUCAACUUUCUCCUAAAGAGGCAGAGGAAUUUUCAUGUAGCUAGUAUAUAUGCUGGAAAGGAUAGUGUACCGCUUAAAGGAGCUUCAGUUAUUUCGGAGCUAAAAUAUCUUUUGAAUUUGUUGACUCUUUGUUGGCACUUUUCUAAAAAGCCCUUCCCAUUAUUCUUGGAGGCUACCGGCUACUCUGUAGAAGAUGUCCUACUUCAGGAACCUAAAGCAGGAAUUCUAAAGCCAGCUUUUACAAUUCUAACUGACAAAAGCACAAAAUGUAUUCUGCUAUUAAUUAGGGGAACUCAUAGUAUCAGAGAUACCUUGACAGCUGCAACUGGAGCAGUAGUACCAUUCCACCAUACUGUUGUAAAUGAAGGUGGCAUUAGUGAUGUAGUUUUAGGAUAUGCGCACUAUGGGAUGGUUGCCGCUGCUCGGUGGACUGCAAAACUUGCGACUCCUUGUCUGAUGAAGGCAUUACAUGAAUAUCCAGAUUACAGAAUACAGAUUGUUGGACACUCACUUGGUGGAGGCACAGCAGCUCUUUUAACUUGCAUUUUGCGGGAGCAAAAGGAGUUCGCCGCAACUACAUGUGUAGCAUUUGCUCCAGCUGCUUGUAUGACAUGGGAGUUGGCAGAGUCAGGCAUGCACUUUAUUACUUCAGUUAUCAACGGCGCUGAUUUGGUUCCUACUUUUUCAGCUGCUUCAGUUGAUGACCUGCGUUCUGAGGUGAUGGCAUCAGCAUGGUUAAAUGACCUACGAAAUCAAAUCGAGCAGACAAGAAUUUUAAGUACAGUAUAUCGCUCAGCAUCUGCCUUAGGCUCUCGACUUCCAUCUAUUGCAAAUGCUAAAGCAAGAGUAGCUGGAGCUGGUGCUAUUCUACGUCCAGUCUCUGCUCGAACACAGGUUGUUAUGAAAAGAGCUCGGAAUGUAGCUCAGGCUGCAUGGACGCGACCAGCACUCCAGCUAUCAUCCUGGUCAUGUAUUGGGCCCCGCCACCGCAAUAAGCCUUCUGCUUCAAAUGCAACAUUAGAAGUAAACAGUAUAGAUACCUCCCCCUCUACAAGCGAUAUUACGACUGAGCCUUUUCUAACACUUACGGAGACCACCAAGGAAACUGCGGAGGUCAUUACACCAUCAGGAGGUAUAGAGUGGACUUCAGAAGUCGAGCGUUCUUAUUUGAUAGAAACAUCCCAUACUGCUGAAAUAGAAGAAGAUGAGGGGGGGAUUGACGGUGAGGAUGAUCUCAUGGGCCACGGUAGAAGCGAGGACAGCAUGACCGAAGUGGAGCUAUGGCAGCAGCUUGAGAAUGAAUUGUACCGGCCAAGGGAUAGAGAACAAGCCGACUUAGUGAGAGAAAUAGCAAAGGAGGCGAACACUGCUGCUGAAGAAAUUGAGAGUUCCUCAGCGGAACUGCUUACUGAAACUAAGGAAGUGCAUAGAUUCUAUCCUCCGGGCAAAAUCAUGCACAUCGUUACAUAUGCUCAAGAGGAGGCAGCAAUCCAAGAAGGUGCGGAUAGAGAUGAGGAAGAUAGGGAUUCGCAAUCAGAUGAAACAAUCGGGAUAUUCUUGACACCAAGAUCAUUAUAUGGCAAGUUGAGGCUUUCCCAGCUGAUGAUUAAUGACCAUUACAUGCCGAUUUAUAGGAGAAAUAUUGAGCAGUUAAUUUUUGAGUUAGAGAAGAGUUUUUCCAAGGAGAUACCUUCCGGUGAUGAAGUUGAAUGCUAACUAAUUGUAUGCGCAAUAGAUUUAAAUGUUUGUAAAUGAUAAAUGUUAUACAUGUCAUAAUAUGAGCUUCAAAUUAGGGCCCUAUUCCUUCUCCCUUGUUCCCAAAAUCAUUUUAGUUGUUUCAGGUGUAUAGGUAAUAAAUCUACACAGAAAAAUCGCCCAAAAGAAUUUAUUAGUUAAUUCGGAGUGGACAGGUUCUGAUUUCUUGUUGUAUUAUUGCAAACAGCAGUUCUCUCUUUUUGAUGGUUCAUGGUUGUAGAGAAUUUUUUCUUAAGGGCGAAAGUUUGAUCUUUUUCUCCCUUUUUUUAAAAUAUUUGACUGUAGAGAUAAUCGCCUACAGUAUUGAUUGUUUUUAUGAUUUGUUUUGAGUCGAUUCAUGAUA